UUCUUCCAACUCCUGUCUCUUCUCUUCUCACUCCAGCAAGCAAUACGUUAACGAAGAGCCACCUUCUUCAUCACGCUCUCUAGCCAUGGAUUUUAAGGGAGACAACGUUGUCAUUUCGAACAUCAAGCUCGAGAAGUUGCUCUGCAUGAAAGGUGGCAAAGGAGAGAACAGCUAUGCUAAUAACUCCCAAGCUCAGGCCAUACAUGCUCGCUCCAUGCUUCACCUCCUCGAAGAAAACCUAGACAGGGUCCAACUCAUGACCUCCCCGGAAGUCCCCUUCGUGGUGGUCGACUUGGGUUGCUCCAGCGGCAACAAUACCAUCUACGUCAUCGACGUCAUCAUCAAGCACAUCACCAAGCGAUUCGAAGCCCUCGGGAUUGAGCUGCCUGAGUUCUCAGCGUUCUUCUCCGACCUCCCGAGCAACGACUUCAACACUCUCUUCCAGCUCCUCCCACCCUUAGCUGUGGGCAGCAUGGAGGAGUGCCUCGCCGCCGACCACCACCGAUCCUACUUCGCAGCCGGUGUGCCCGGGUCGUUCUACCGCCGGCUAUUCCCGGCUAGAUCGGUCGACGUGUUCCAUUCAGCGUUUUCCUUGCAUUGGCUCUCGCAGGUGCCAGAGGCGGUGGUGGACAAGAGAUCGCCGGCGUACAACAAAGGGAGAGUGUUCAUCCACGGUGCGAGUGAGAUCACAGCAAAUGCAUACAAGAAGCGGUUCCAGGCCGAUUUGGCGAGCUUCUUGAGAUCAAGAUCGCAAGAGAUGAAGCGGACCGGAUCGAUGUUCCUUGUCUGUCUGGGCCGGACCUCCGUGGACCCCGCCGACCAGGGCGGGGCCGGCCUCCUCUUCGGGACCCACUUCCAAGACGCUUGGGACGAUCUCGUCCAAGAGGGCCUCAUUAGCAGCGAGAAGCGCGACAGCUUCAACAUUCCUGUGUACGCGCCGAGCCUCCAGGACUUCAAGGAAGUAGUCGAGGCCGACGGCUCCUUCGCGGUAGACAAGCUCGAGGUGUUCAAAGGGGGAAGCCCUCUAGUGGUGAGCAAGCCGGACGACGCGGCCGAGGUGGGCCGGGCACUAGCCACCAGCUGCCGGAGCGUGGCCGGGGUCUUAGUUGAUGCUCACAUUGGCGAUCACCUCAGCGAGAAGCUGUUUCUACAAGUCGAGCGUCGAGCCGCAGGCCACGCCAAGGAGCUACUAGAGCAGCUACAGUUCUUUCACAUCGUUGCUUCCCUAUCCUUUGCUUAGAGGAACCAACAGGGCUUUUGAAAAUAGGGGGAAUUUGGGAUUUCCUAGUACUCUUGUCUCUUUUUGCACUUUUCUGUGCCUCUCUUUUGGGUUAAGUUUCUUACAUUUUGCAUAGUUAAAGCAAAGAGAGAAGAAAGCACCUUCUUUCCUUCAUCAAACUGUCUCUGCUUUUUGUCUGAUAUUGAUUCAUACUGUAGUUAUCUUAUCUUCAACAAAUAAUAUGGGCGUGUUAGUGUCUC